AUGGUCGCUGCAGUAAGAUCUUUGGGGCGGCGGGGGGGGGGAAGGAAGUACCUCCGCGUUCUGCAAGCCUAGAGACCUCACCUUGCCUCCCCUCUUCUGAGUCAAGGAUCCAGGCACGGUUUUUGACUGCAGAAAGGGAGAAAAAUGGUUGGCUGGCAUAGACGACAGACACCCACGAGGCUCAGAAGAGCGGACCGAAGCCCUCCUGCUGCAAUGCAUUCCUAAGGAAGCUGUUGGAUCCUUAUUACACACACACACACACACACACACACACAGAGCAGACGCAAAAGAAAAAGAAAAAACCUUCCUCCUUAACCUCGCUGAUUUCCCGUCCCUUACUCUAUAGUAAGCAGCCUGGAGAGGAUGGUAGUGGUGGACAAGAUGCUUUAGCUUCCUGACACAUCUACAGCAACGUGCCAAGGUCUCCCGACCCCUUUGCAGCCAUGCCGCCACGUCCCUCGUCCGGAGAGCUGUGGGGGCUCCACCUCAUGCCCCCGCGGAUCAUGGUGGACUGCUGCCUCCCCAACGGCAUGAUCGUUACGCUCGAAUGUCUGCGGGAAGCCACUCUUCUGGGUAUCAAGCACGACCUUUUUAAGGAGGCCAGGAAAUACCCCCUUUCCCACUUGCUGCAGGAGGAAUCUUCCUACAUCUUUGUGGGGGUGACGCAGGAAGCUGAGAGGGAAGAAUUUUUUGACGAGUCCCGGCGUCUUUGUGAUCUGCGCCUCUUCCAGCCCAUCCUGAAAGUCAUUGAGCCAGUGGGCAACCGGGAGGAGAAGAUCCUCAACCGGGAAAUUGGAUUUGCUAUUGGGAUGCCCAUCUGUGAAUUUGAACUGGUGAAGGACCCUGAGGUACAGGAAUUUCGGCGGAACAUCCUGUCGGUCUGCCGUGAAGCUGUGGAGACCCGAGGAUCUUCAGGCCCCCAAAGUCAGGCUCUGUAUGUCUAUCCCCCCAAUGUGGAAUCCAGCUCAGAAUUACCCAAACAUGUGUACAGCAAACUAGACAAAGGUCGGAUCAUAGUUACCAUUUGGGUUAUUGUGUCUCCAAACAACGACAAACAGAAAUAUACCCUCAAGACUCCGCAUGACGCGCUGCCGGAGCAGGUGAUUGCUGAGGCCAUCCGGAAGAAGACGCGCAGUAUGCACCUGUCGCCGGAGCAGCUGCGCCUGUGUGUGCAAGAGUACCAGGGCAAGUACCUCCUCAAGGUGUGCGGCUGUGAUGAGUACUUGCUCGAGAAAUACCCGCUCAGCCAGUACAAGUACAUGAGGAAUUGCAUCACCAUUGGCCGCCUGCCCCACCUGAUGCUGAUGAGCAAAGAGAGCCUCUACAGCCAGCUGCCAGACAAUGUCUUUGUGCUGCCCUCCUAUGCGCGCCGCUCGGCCACAUCCUCGCAUGUCAACGGGGAUGUUCCCACUAAAUCGCUCUGGUCCAUCAACAGCCUCCUGCGCAUCAAGAUCCUGUGUGCCACCUACGUGAAUGUCAACAUCCGGGAUAUUGACAAGAUCUAUGUCCGGACGGGAAUUUUCCACGGUGGGGAGCCCCUUUGUGACAAUGUCAACACCCAACGCGUUCCCUGUUCCAACCCUCGGUGGAACGAGUGGCUGUCCUAUGACAUCUAUCUCACUGACCUGCCACGAGCCGCCCGACUGUGCGUUUCCAUCUGCUCUGUGAAAGGCCGCAAGGGGGCCAAAGAGGAGCACUGUCCCCUUGCCUGGGGCAACGUCAACCUCUUUGAUUACAAAGACACUCUGGUGGCUGGGAAGAUGGCACUGAACCUUUGGCCUGUUCCUCAUGGCCUGGAGGAUUUGCUGAACCCCAUUGGAGUGGGGGGCUCCAACCCCAAUAAGGAGACCCCCUGCCUUGAGCUGGAAUUCACCUGGUAUAGCCACACGGUCAAAUUUGCUGACACCACUGAAAUAGAGGAACACGCCAACUGGGCCAUGUCCCGAGAACUUGGGCUCAACUACUGCAUGGUGGGGCUGAGUAACCGGCUGGCCCGUGACAGCUCCCUGGAUGACAGUGAAAUGGAGCAGCUGCGGAAUAUCUGCAACCGGGACCCCCUUUCGGAGAUCACUGAGCAAGAGAAGGACUUUCUGUGGCGACACCGGCACUACUGUGUCAACAUACCGGAGACCCUCCCCAAAUUACUGCUGUCUGUCAAGUGGAAUUCACGGGAUGAGGUUGCUCAGAUGUACUGUCUCCUCCGGGAGUGGCCGCUGAUUAAACCCGAGCUCUCCAUGGAGCUCCUGGAUUGCAACUUCCCAGAUCCUGUUGUGAGGGAGUUUGCACUGAAAUGCCUCGUGAAGGGACUCACGGAUGACAAGCUGUCCCAAUACCUCAUCCAGCUGGUGCAGGUUCUCAAGUAUGAGCAAUACCUGGACAACCCCCUGGCCCGCUUCCUCACCAUGAAAGCCCUGACGAAUCAGCGGAUUGGGCACUUCUACUUCUGGCAUCUGAAAUCAGAGAUGCACAGCAAACCAGUCUCACAGCGCUUUGGGCUGAUGCUGGAGGCUUUUUGCCGUGGCUGCGGGAUGUACCUCAAGCACCUGAACCGGCAGGUGGAGGCCAUGGAGAAGCUCAUCAACCUGACAGACAUCCUCAAGCAAGAGAAAAAAGAUGAGACUCAGAAGAUGCAGAUGAAGUUCCUGGUGGAGCAAAUGAGGAGGCCAGAUUAUAUGGAAGCGCUUCAGGGCUUUAUCUGUCCUCUCAAUCCUGUGCACCAGCUGGGCAACCUCCGGUUGGAUGAGUGCCGGAUCAUGUCUUCAGCCAAGCGCCCCUUGUGGCUAAACUGGGAGAAUCCUGACAUCAUGUCCGAGCUACUCUUCACCAACCACGAGAUCAUUUUUAAAAAUGGAGAUGAUCUCCGGCAAGAUAUGUUGACUCUGCAGAUCAUUCGGAUCAUGGAGAGCAUGUGGCAGAACCAAGGACUGGACCUCAGGAUGCUGCCCUACGGGUGCCUGUCCAUUGGGGAUUGUGUGGGCCUCAUUGAGGUGGUGAAGAGCUCCCACACCAUCAUGCAGAUCCAGUGCAAGGGCGGCCUCAAGGGGGCGCUGCAGUUCAACAGCAACGCUUUGCACCACUGGCUGAAGGACAAGAACAAGGGAGAGGGCUACGAUGCAGCCAUUGACCUCUUCACGCGCUCCUGUGCCGGCUAUUGUGUUGCCACCUUUAUCCUUGGCAUUGGAGACCGGCACAACAGUAACAUCAUGGUCAAAGAUGAUGGCCAGCUGUUCCAUAUCGACUUUGGGCAUUUCCUGGACCACAAGAAGAAGAAAUUUGGGUACAAGCGGGAACGAGUCCCCUUCGUCCUCACUCAGGACUUCCUGAUCGUCAUCAGCAAAGGGGUCCAGGAAUGUACCAAGACCAAAGAGUUUGAGAGGUUCCAGGAGAUGUGCUACAAAGCCUACCUGACCAUCCGCCAGCAUGCCAAUCUGCUGAUCAACCUCUUCUCCAUGAUGCUGGGCUCAGGCAUGCCAGAGCUCCAGUCCUUUGAUGACGUGGCCUACCUGCGCAAGACACUGGCUCUGGACAAGUCCGAGCAGGAGGCCCUGGAAUACUUCACCAAGCAAAUGAACGAGGCCCACCACGGCGGGUGGACCACCAAGAUGGACUGGAUCUUCCACACCAUCCGGCACAUGCCCUUGAGCGAGGCGAGCCACGACUGACAAGAACUCUCCACCACCAGGGGAGAGAAAAUGGGAGCCCUCCAAGCCGGCGGGAGAGGCUGAGCGUCGUCAGGCUACCACCUCCUUGCCAGCGCGGAAGCAGGGGAACAGCCCCAUGUUAACUUAGGCAAUCGGGUUCCUGAUUCUCUCUUGGGACCAACAGGAAGGAUCCGGGAGCGCUGGUGAGCCUGGAGAAGGCAAGGAGGGAGGAAAGGGAGGGGAGAGUGUCCUCCCCACCCCCCGGGUUAAGGCAUCCAUGGCCAAGAGAGGUUGGGGAGCGUGAAAUGGGACCCAGGCACCCAGCCUCCCAGUUGCCUUCUGGAGGUAGGAGGGAGCAAGGUGUAAAAAUGGAACCUCUUUCCCCCCAGAAGAGUGUGUGUGUAUGUGUGUGUGUUCUCCCCCCCCCCUUCAUCAAAUGGAAAUUCUCUUCCUGUUUUUCGUUUUUUGGGCUAAAAUAGGAACCAGCCUCCCUGGCCCUCUGGGCAGAUGAUUUAUAUACUUGAAUUGCACCUCCCCUUCACCUCCUUGGAGUCCCCUGGAAGAAGAUGGGAAGGAGGA